CGUGCGCAAUUCUCAAUUAGAGGAGACAAAGUCCGUUUCUGACCUACAAAAAAGCGCGGGAAAAGUUGGGGGGGUCAACAUUUAUACUUAUUAGGGCAAAAAACUACGACAGGGUGAGAGUGGCAGGCAACGUGAUAUAUUUGCUCUUCAAAUUCAAUGGACGGAGUAGACGGAGGAACCUCACACUCAUCCCACUCGGCGACCGUCGAUCUGAGCCGAGAUAGUCCCGCGGUGGUCGACCUGACGGGGAAGGUGCACCGCUUGCCAUGCUGCAUCAAGUACGAUGGUCCUACCUCUGUUUCUCACUACUUCAAGCCCAAACCCACUGAGAUGGAGGUGGAUGGGCUACGAGUGGAGGAAGCAUACUUUAGAGGAAGAAAAUUACAUGGAACCACUAUUGCGCUUCCCCAGGGCUACUCUGGCUUCAUCUUGGGAAAGAAAAGUGAUGUUAAGGAAGGUAAUAACACAAAGUCGGAUUGCUGGGAGACGAAUGCGACUUUUCAAAAUGUGACAGUGUGGAAUCAUGACGCCAUGCCAUCAAAAGAUGAUGCAUUCUUGCGCGUCUUUCACUGGUUUACUGUUGCCAAUGCUGUAAGUUUCUGUUAUUCUUUUGCAUCAGGAGCUCUUCCAUUUACUAUGAAAUUGAUGCCUUCAUGGCAAACUUGCAUUCCUUACUAUAUCAACUCUACAGUUUUGUUAUUUGAUUUGCGGCAAUAAUAUGGGAGAGAAGAAAUUGUUCGGGGCCCCGUGAAAUUUGUCCUGUGGUAAACUGCGAUAAUAUGGGCUAGGUUAACAUCAUGUUGUUCGUUCUAGUCUUUCCAAAUUAAUUUGGAGGAGAAUCUUUAAUGAAUAAACAAGAAGUUGCGAUUACAUUUUCUGGCAGGAGGUGGUAGAUCUAUGAUGUUGCAUGCAUGUAAUUUGCAUUCAAAUUCUUUCAUAAUGCUGAAUAGCUUUCUGAAUUCUUCUUUCCUGUUCUGCAACUACAUUUCUCUUAGAUAGGAUUGAUGAUGUUUAUUCAUGAUAUAAGUUAAGACCAUGAUUAGAGAGACGAAACUUCUUGGCUUUCUCAUGGUUAAAGGUUCUCUUUUUGAA